CCGACGCGACUGGAGGAUGCGUGGGAUGAAUGCAGGACCCUGGACGCCCGCGGGCCUGGUCUGAUGUAGAGGGUGUGUCAAGGUAUCGUGUUGGUUUACAGGGGGUCUCUGCAUCCUGGCGACAUUGAUGACACAUUGAAUAGCAGGUGUUUUGCAUGUGGCACGGAGUGUUCGAGCCUCACGAGGCUAGCGUGUUCGAGAUGAGUGCGAGCGAAUGCGUUAUGCGAGAUGGAGAGUGAACUUCAGUAUGGCGAAUCGUGACGGUCACGCACGAGUCACGAGUGUGUUCGAAGUUUGAUGAGAUAGAGUCUGCUAUAAUCAUUAUCUACAAGUUUUCAAAAGAUACGCUACAUGAGCGUCGACAGCAUGAAGCUAUUCACGACAAUCACCACUUACUGUGGCCUUCUUGUCGCAGGCGGUGCCACCAAACGUGAUAUCGCAACCUUGGUCCUUGGGAUCCUCUCUGCGAUUGCAUCCGGAGUCCCCUUCCCUCUGAUUGGAAUCGUGUUUGGUCAGCUCCUGAAUGACUUCAAUCAAGCGACAUGUGAACAUGACGAUGCGAUACCCGCCUCAUACCAAGAUAGCGUCAACCAGAAGAUUCUAUUAAUCUUCUACUUGGCGAUCGCCCAAUUCGUCCUCAUCUACUGCCAUCUCUGCUGCUGGAGCCUCGGAGGCGCACGGCUUGCUCAAAGGCUACGUGAGCAAUACCUUCGAUCCCUCCUCAAACAAGAACCAUUAUACUUCAGCAAGUUCCCUCCAGGGGAAGUGUCAGCGAGACUCAAUGGCGACAUCCAAACCAUCCGCUCGGGCACAUCCGAGAAAGUCGGGAUUGUGCUCGCAAGUCUUUCAUUCUUCGUCACCGCAUAUAUCGUCGCCUUCAUCAAGGACUACAAAUUGUCCGCCGAGCUCCUAUCCCUUGUGCCCGCAUUUCUCCUCAUGAGCUUCGUCGGAAGUCAUUAUGUGGAAAAAUACGCAGGUAUCAUGUCCGACGCGAGUGCCAGCGCCGCCUCGAUAGCUUUGGAAGCUCUCUCUAAUAUGGUACUGGUGCAAUCCUUUCGCGCCAACGCUAGGCUCGAGAAGCGUUUUGCUCAGGCCCUGGAGAUCGCGGAGGCGCAGGGUAUUCGGAAAGCCUUUGCGACGGGUGUUCAAGCGGGCGUGCUUUAUUUCGUGGCCUAUUCUGCAAAUGCGCUUGCCUUCUGGCAGGGCAGUGUGCGAAUUGCGAGCAGUAUCAAUGAGCCUGGUACAGAUGCGAAUGUGGGCUCUGUGUUUACGGUGGUCUUUGUCCUGAUUGAAGCAACACUUCUAAUGAGUCAGGUCGCACCCUUUCUGCACAUUUUCGCCAGCGCUGUCGCAUCUUACCGAAAACUUCAGGAGGAGCUUCUUCGGGAGUCUCUCAUUCAAGACUCUAAGCAGGCGCAAGUGCUCUCUGAUCGACCUCUCAAAGGGUCUUUCGAGUUCAGAAAUGUAAUAUUUAGAUAUCCUGCUCGGCCCGACGUCACGGUCGUCGAUGGUAUCAGCCUUACGGUUGAAGCGCGCAAGCAUACAGCUAUCGUCGGCCUAUCCGGAAGUGGCAAGUCGACUCUUGUGGGGCUCAUGCUACGUCUGUUCGAUGCGAUGGAUGGUACUGUCUACUUGGACGGGCAUGAUGUCCGUGACUUACGGCUAGAAGAUGUCCGACGUACAAGCAGUGUGGUGCCGCAAAAUGCGGCAUUGUUGGAUCGAUCAUUGCUCGAAAACAUUGCGUAUGGCUUGAUCAGCUCGUCACAUUCUGAGCAUCAUGCACUUCUUCCAACUCUUCUCGGCCCAGGAUUAGGUAUCUUGGCAGAGGAAUUGAGGGAGGGCAAGGAGAUCGGGGCAGCGGCCCUGGCGCACGGUCAAGAGAUUGCUGAGAUUGUCAAGCUUGUACGAGAUGCAGCUAUUAUGGCAGACGCAGACAGUUUCAUUUCGGCCAUGGACCAUGGUUAUGGUACCUUGGCCGGUCCUGGUGGACAAUCUAUCAGCGGAGGACAAAAGCAAAGAGUGGCUCUUGCUCGAGCAUUAGUCAAGGACCCCGCUGUUCUCAUCCUUGAUGAAGCGACAGCGUCCUUGGACUCGGUGAGCGAGGUCAAGAUCCAGAAUGCCAUUGCUUUGGCGUCAAGUGGACGAACGACGUUGACCAUCGCCCAUCGUCUUUCGACCAUCCGGAACGCUGACAAGAUCGUCGUCAUGCACGCUGGCAAAGUUGUGGAACAUGGUAGCCAUGCAGAGCUUCUUAGUCACAAUGGAAGAUACGCAGAGCUCGUCCGAUUGCAAACGAUGAGCUCGACCACCCCGGGGCAGGACGAUGUGCUCACACCGAAACGACAGAUGAAUUCGACCGAGGGAGCACAAAAGAAGGCGGAGUUACAAGUCCGUGAAGACGCCGUUGUUGAUCCUUCGCAAUCGAAGCCGCCUUCGGUCAAUGGGACCCAUGAGUUCCCUGGCAGCUUCGCAAAGCUCUUUGCACGCACCUUCUGGCCGGUGCUCCGGCCGCACUUACUUAUGACUGCCCUUGCGUUCGCGAGUGCCGUGAUUGUGGGUGCGACAUUCUCUGGCGAAGCUGUAAUUUUCGGCAACACUGUUGGAGCUCUGAGCCCCUGCAACCCCGUUCCAAGCAUCGAAGCAAGCGGCAGAUUCUUUGGUUUAAUGUUUUUCAUCUUGGCAUUGAUCGAAUUCUUCGCCAGUAUUAUAAGUUGGUCGGGAUUCGGUUUCGUAUCCUCCAAGUCGGUGCGCGCACUUCGAUCCACUCUCUUCAACUCGAUGCUCGACCAAGAUCUUGCGUGGCAUCAGAAGAAAGGUACAUCUCCAGCCGGACUGCUAUCGUACAUCACGAGAGACUGCGAAGCAUGGGCGGGACUAAGCGGAUCCGUCAUCGGGACCAUCUGCAGCAUUACGCUCAAUCUGCUUGCUGCCAUAAUUAUGACGCACAUCAUCGCAUGGCGCAUUGCGUUGGUAACGCUUUCUCUAGUGCCGCUGCUGCUCGGGUCCGGAUUGAUGGAGCUCAGAGUGCUUGGACGAUUCGAGGAGAAGCAUGAGACUGCAUAUUCUUCUUCCGUGGAGAUCGGCGUCGAGAGUGUCACAAAUAUCAAUGUUAUCGCAACAUUUUCGCUCGAGCAAUUGACGAUGCAAACCUACAGCCGCUCGCUGGCUGGUCCGAGGAAAGAAACCUUGCGUGUCACGCUUCAGGCAAGCUUUUGGCAGGCCACAAUGUACUUUCUCGGCAAUUGCAUCAAUGCUCUGGCCUAUUGGUGGGGAUCGAAACAGAUCGCAACCGGGAAUUAUACACAGGUUCAAUUCUUGAUUGUCGUAUUCUCUCUGCUUGUUGGAGCGCUGCUCUGGGCUCAGAUGUUCGCCCUUGCCCCCGAGCUGACCAGUGCAAAGGCCGCCAUAAUGAGAAUCGCCAGGAUCAUGUCAAUCGCGAGAGAAGGUCAGGCAACUGAUGCUCUGAUUCGGACGGGUUCAGGCUCUGACUCGGACAUCGAAGCGAAAGCGGAGUCAAAGGGUACUCCGAAGGGAGUCAGCGGACCCGCGGGAGUGAGGUUCCAUGACGUUCAAUUUGCAUACCCUGCCCGACCGGACUCUCAAGUUCUGCAUGGCUUGAACAUCACUAUCUGCCCGGGACAGCUUUGUGCCCUUGUCGGACCCAGUGGUGCUGGAAAGUCAACAAUUAUACAGCUUGUACUUGGACUUUAUCGACCUCAAACGGGUAGUGUUUGGAUUGACGGAACAUGCCUAACAAAUCGCGCGGAUGUCACGUUUCGCGACAGGUUUGCCAUCGUGCCGCAGGAGAAUACUCUCUUCGAGGGCACUGUUGCCUUCAACAUCGGACUAGGAGCGCGUCCAGAUGAGGUCGCCGACCAAGAUGAAAUUGAGCACGCCUGCAAGCUCGCUGGCAUCCACGAGACGAUCAUGAACUUGCCCGAUAAGUACGACACCCUGUGCGGAACAAACGGUAAUCAAUUCUCGGGCGGACAGAGGCAACGCCUAUCAAUUGCUCGAGCAUUAGUCAGGCAGCCAGAUCUAUUGAUCCUGGACGAGCCUAGCUCAGCUCUCGACGCCGAGUCCGAAAAGUUGCUUCAGCAGAGCCUCGAGAUAGUCGCGAAGACAGCUACCGUCAUUGUCAUAGCUCACCGCCUGCACACGAUUCGCUCGGCCGACGUGAUUUUCAUGAUUGAGAAUGGUCAAUGCACAGCUCGUGGAACGCACGAAGAAUUACUGCAGUCUUCGCCUGCAUAUCGAACGAAUGUCAUGCAUCAGAUGGUAGCAGACCCGGAUUCGUGAAAGGCGACUCUGGUCCGGUCAUCAAAACAGUGGGCAAUUUCUGUGGGAAGAGCGAUUCAAGGUGACGGAGUUGGCGGGAAGGUUCGUCCAAAGCUGUCGGUGUGCCACCAACGAUCAUUGGAGCAGGCCGUCAAGCCAUCGCUGGUAGAAUCGCCAUAGCGAGAACAGCCUCAUAGGUUACAAACCAGAGCUCAAGCUGCAUUAUAGCACGUACUAUGACUUAUCGCGAAUUCUCACCCUGCCACAGAUUGAAUGUUGAAGUUGAGCGUAUCCUCUCGCUUGAGAUGUGCGCCAUGAGGCGAUCGUGUAGAUAUGGCUUGAUCUCGGAGCUGAAGGAUUUCCGGACGUGCGAGAGCCUCGGCAAGUUAAAGAAGUUCACAUCCAGGAUUUCUAAUCAGGGCGACGCGUCUAGACUCCAAAGCGUGUGUUUUAUAAGGGGCAUACCUAAGUAAAGAAAUAACUUU